AUUUUCUAGUCAUGAAAGCAGUUGAUUUCAAAGGUUCGCGUGAACAAGUUAUAGAAGGAAAAAUGAAUAAUUUAUUCGGGAUUUUCGUUUUUAUAUCGAUAUUUUUGCACGUGAAUGGUGAUCUGUUUGACAGAUAUAGCGGAAUGAAAUUUGACGAGCCGAAUGCGAGGGAACUUCGGAUAAAGAAAUACGCGGACAAAUGCUCAAUAGACAUAACGCCUUGCGCUGCCCAUGAGGUCAGCCGAGUGAGUGGUACAUGCAACAAUUACAAGCAUCCUGCGUCCGGUGCCGCUAGAAGACCGUAUUUACGACUGCUCCAACCGGAAUAUGCUAAUCAGCAUGAAAUACGCAAUGGCAAAGAUGGUAAAUCGCUUCCAUCCGCCAGAACAGUGCGGGCAAGCCUCAAACAAUCUUCAUCAUCGAGUUACUUGCAAGACAAAAACCUGUUUAACGUCGCCACUUUUCAUUUUAUGGAGUUAAUACGGAAAGAUGUCAGUGCCUUAAAUGGACCCUUGGACUACCUCAGAAAACGGCAGAAUUGUUGCACCCCGGCAGCCGAACAGGACCCGCGGUGUCUCCCAAUACACGUAGAAAACGACCCUUAUCUCAAAGGAAUAGACUGUCUUAACUUCUCGAGAGCAGAAACUUUCCAAGACCUAGGGUGUACACACGACGCGGUCCCCGCACAGGUAAACUACCAAACACCUCUCUUAGAUUUGUCCACAGUGUAUGGUGUGGAUGAAAAGUCAUUGAAAGAAUUGCGUUCGUUCAAAAAUGGAACUUUGACGUUGGAGAUGCGUGGAAAUCGAUAUCUACCCGCAAACAACGGAACUGAUUGUUUCCUGUAUAACGACGACGAGACUUGCUACACAAUUGGUUUACCAAAAGAAGCAACGUUAGACCUUCGCACCACUACUUUCGUUAUAUUCUUCAUGCGAGAACACAACCGCCUGGCAAAGAUUCUGCAGGAACUGAAUCCUUGCUGGAAAGACGAUAGAUUGUUCAAAGUUGCACGGCAAAUCAAUAUCGCAACGGCCUCCAAUAUAUUUUUAUACGAACUCCUCCCCAGGAUAUUGGGUUACCAAAACAUGUUGACCUACGAUUUGAUAUCAAGCUUUGCGGAACAUGUAUCAGCUUAUGAUGAACUGAAGGAACCUGGUGUGUAUGCUGAAUUCGACAUAGCAAUGCGGUUCUUUAAAACAUAUCUUGGAGAGAAGAUUGAAAAAUAUAAUGAAAAUUACGAAAACGUCGGUGAAAUAGAAUUAAGCGCAAGUUCAUCUUUGCAAAAACUGCUCGAGGAUGAUAAAAACUUCGAUGAAAUCAGCCGAGGGACUUUUUUCCAAAGCGCUGGAGAGACAUAUGAUAAAAAGAUAUCGAAUGUUUCCGCAAAUCAACAAGUACAUGAUCAAGUUUCUCUCGACAUACAAAGAGGACGAGAUUUAGGUAUACAGGGAUACAAUGCAUAUAGAAACUUUUGUGGAUUGAAAGCGGCUAAAGAUUUCUAUGGCCUCACCGAUGUUAUCGAUGGAGAGAAAGUAGAAAUACUAAAGAAACUGUAUAACGACGUAGACGACAUUGAUCUAUUGGUUGGGAUUAUGAGUGAAAAUAAUAUCGAAGGCACACUCGUCGGCCCAACACUUUUUUGCAUCAUGGUCAAGCAAAUCCAAUUAUUCAGAUUCUCCGACCGAUUUUGGUUCGAGAGGGGAGAUAAUUAUCAUAGUUUUACUUUUUCUCAAUUACGCGAGAUCAGAAGGACUAACAUGGCUCGGUUCGCCUGUGACAACGUGGAAGCUAUCAAAUUCAUACAACCUCACGCCCUGUUAGCUACCACACACUGGAACUCACCACUGCCAUGUUCACAUAUAACUGGACCAAAUCUAGCUGAAUGGAGGGAUGCCAGCUGCAAAGAAAAUGGUGAAAUUGAGACGAAAUUCCUAAAAUACAAUUACCCUAAUCGAAAUGAGUUCCCGGAAUAUUCGUCUUUCCUUAAUGAUAUUUUGUCAUCUGUGCAUUUAUAAUUAUAAAUAAUAUGGUAUACAUUAUCAAUUUUAUUAUGAGUAAGAAAAAAGAUAAAUAAAUAACUGUGCCUCAUUA